CAAUGCACUUCAAUUCUUAACUUUUCUCCUCUAAACAAUUUUACCCGAAAAACUCAAUACUAUCAUAAACUCCACAUCAAAAUGGAUACAACACAAGUUUUUUUAGGCUUGAUAGCUAUUAUAUUGGCCUAUAUCUUAUGGUUCUCAAAUUUGUGUAGACGUCUAAAUACAGGUCCAAACCUAUGGCCUGUAGUUGGAAGUCUCCCAUAUUUAUUUAUGAAUCGACAUCGACUCCAUGAUUGGAUCGCGGGGAACCUCCGACAAACUAGUGGAACUUCCACGUACCAAACAUGCACCCUAGCCAUACCUUUCUUGGCGUACAAACAAGGGUUUUUUACCGUUACCUGCCACCCAAAAAAUAUUGAGCAUAUUCUUAGAACCCGGUUCGAAAAUUAUCCUAAGGGCCCACAAUGGCAAGCCGCUUUUCAUGAUUUACUAGGCCAAGGUAUUUUUAAUAGUGACGGUGAUACUUGGCUUUUACAACGUAAAACUGCUGCUCUUGAGUUUACUACAAGAACUCUACGUCAAGCCAUGAACCGGUGGGUGAACCAAACUAUAAGAACCCGGCUUUGGAAGAUUCUAGAAACAUCUAAAAAUGAGAAAAAAUCAGUUGAUUUACAAGAUUUGCUUCUUAGAUUAACUUUUGAUAAUAUUUGUGGGUUAACUUUUGGGAAAGAUCCAAUGACUUUGUCAUUGGGUUUACCCGAUAACCCAUUUGCAUCUGCUUUUGAUUCGGCUACCGAAUCUACCCUUCAAAGGCUACUUUACCCUGAAUUUUUAUGGAGGUUAAAAAAGGUAUUUCAAUUUGGAACCGAGGGAAAAUUACAAAAAUGCCUUCAAGUUGUAGAAAAUUAUAUGUCAAGUGCCUUAAAUGCAAGAAGAGAAAAUCCUUCUGAUGAUUUAUUAUCAAGGUUCAUUAACAAAAGAGAUCAAAACGGCAAUGCUUUCACCGAUGAUGUCCUUAAACGCAUCGCUUUAAACUUUGUCCUAGCUGGACGUGACACAUCAUCAGUUGCAUUGAGUUGGUUCUUUUGGCUAGUGAUGAAUCAUCCGGAAGUUGAAGACAAGAUCAUUGAUGAAUUAUCGACGGUCUUAAAGCAAACACGUGGCAAUGAUCCAACGACGUGGGUUCGAGAUCCACUUCAGUUUGAUGAAGCUGAUAAAUUAGUUUACCUCAAGGCAGCACUAACCGAGACUUUACGAUUAUACCCCUCAGUUCCGGAAGACUUUAAAUACGUAGUAAACGACGACGUAUUACCAGAUGGGACAAUGGUGCCCGCGGGGUCCACAAUCACGUACUCAAUUUACUCCGUGGGAAGGAUGAAAACGGUUUGGGGAGAAGAUUGUAUGGAAUUUAGACCGGAAAGAUGGUUAAGUGAACCGGUUACUAAAUCGGGUUUAAGGUACCGGUUUGAACCGCCACAAGAUGGGUAUAAAUUUGUGGCUUUUAAUGCAGGGCCAAGGACAUGUUUAGGGAAAGACUUGGCUUACCUACAAAUGAAAUCAGUGGCUUCCGCAAUACUGCUUCGUUACCGGCUAUUACCAGUUCCUGGUCAUCGUGUGGAACAAAAGAUGUCUCUCACUUUAUUUAUGAAGAAUGGACUUAAAGUGUUUGUAAUGCCCAGAGAGCUUAAGGGUGGUGUUGGUGUUGCAACUUGUGCAUAGACCAAAUUUGAUCAUUUUCGUCUUCCCCAAGUGUUCAAAUACACAAGUAUAAUUUGUUAAUUUCAUAAUAUUCUAAUUAUGCAUUUUGUUUAAAUUUUUAUUUAUAUACAUAUACGUAUACAUGUAUGUUUUUAACUCCAAUGCUUCCAUUUGUAAUAUUGUUCUUUCUUUAUCAAGUUGGUAAAAAAGAUAAUAAUUAAUUUGUUUU